UGCAAUGUGCCGUAUGCUUUUCUGAACUAUUUUUCUGAAUCUUUGCACUGAAGUAUCCCAGGUUUAAAACUACUAUUAAUGGAUCUUGUCUAAGGGAAUGAAAAAAUAACAGAACUGCAUCACUAAUAUAUUGUGGUUACAUAUAUGUGUAUUAAAACGCUUUACAUAUUCCCAUAAAAAUUACUAGUGCUUAUAUUUAAUCGACUGUUAGUGGUCUUGUUAAUUUUCUAAUCGUUUCAACAACUUUGCUUCUGUUCCUGGAGGAACAACAAAUCAAUUCAAGAUGGAUAAAUUUCGUAUGAUGUUCCAGUUUCUGCAGUCUAACCAGGAAUCUUUCAUGAACGGCAUCUGUGGGAUAAUGGCUCUUGCAAGCGCGCAGUUAUAUUCCGCAUUUGAGUUUAAUUGCCCAUGUUUGCCAGAGUAUAACUAUGCGUACGGCAUCGGGAUCUUGAUUGUUCCGCCCAUAUGGUUCUUUCUGCUUGGAUUUGUGCUGAAUAAUAACGUGUCUAUGCUGGCAGAGGAGUGGAGACGCCCGACGGGGCAGCGCCGAAAGGACCCGGCGGUGCUGCGCUACAUGUUUUGCUCCAUCACGCAGAGAUCACUGAUCGCCCCCGUGGUCUGGAUCUCCGUAACCCUGAUGGACGGGAAGAGUUUCCUGUGUGCCUUCAGCGUUAAUCUGGACCUGCGUCUGUUCGGUAACGGCAGCACUCCCGAUCUGGCCAAAGCAGACCUGGUCAGACUGCUUGCAAAGAUACCCUGCAAGGACGUCUUUGACGGAGAGCAGGUGGUAUCUAGGGAAGCUGCGUCGAGGUACCUACGCUGUAUAUCACAGGCUUGCGGCUGGACGUUUUUGUUGCUGACAACACUGGUGGCCUUCAUGGUGCGGGCAAUCCGGCCGUGUUUCACCCAGGCCGUUUUCCUGAAGACCAAGUACUGGUCCCACUAUGUCGACAUCGAGCGCAAGAUGUUCGAGGAAACCUGCACGGAGCACGCCAAGAGCUUCGCCCGGAUCUGCAUCCAGCGCUACUUCGAGAGCGUCGGCGGCGAGAUCCAGGACUUCCACGGGCAGCAUUUCCACAGAAAGGACAAGAGCGAGGAUGAGGGGGAAAAAACGAAGGGCGACGAGGACAAACUUCUGGGGAUACGAGCCCAGGACGAUAUGAACAAAGUGCUCUGGAACUGGCACACCUGCAAACCACCGCUCAAUAUUAAGAAAGAGGACUUUAGCUCCAAUGGGACUAUCAACAUCAAUGGCUUCUCAAAUAACCUACAAAAGUCAGACCCACCAAAAAAGGAGUGGGCGGUCUACUACAGUAAAGUUUGA